AUGUUUGCUCGCAGCUGCUGCCGAUGCGUCGCCCGCGCUCGCCUCCAGUCGCGGCCCACGCAGCUCUCCGUUGCCAGGGCUCAAGCUCGACAGUUUGCGACUUCACCGGGGGCUGCGCCCACGCAGGCGACCAGCAAAGCCGGCAUGCUGGCGCCGUUUGUCACGGAGCUCGACAAGCUAGCCCCGAGCAUAGACCUGCAGGGCGAUCAAAUCCAGGUUCUAAAAACACCGAGUGAUUUCUACGAGACUCUCAAGGAGCGCAUACGAAACGCCAAGAGCCGCAUCUUUCUGUCGACGCUGUACAUUGGCAAGUCGGAGCGGGAACUCAUCGAGACGCUUCAGGAGGCGCUCCGUCGCAACCCGGAGCUAACGCUGAGCAUCCUGACCGACUGCCUCCGCGGCACACGCGAAGCGCCGAACCCUUCCUGCGCAUCGCUGCUGGCGCCUCUGGUGACGGAAUUCGGCGCCGACCGUGUCGAGAUCCGCAUGUACCAUACUCCGAACCUGACGGGCCUGCGCAAAAAGUACAUUCCUAAGCGCAUCAACGAGGGUUGGGGCCUGCAACACAUGAAGCUAUACGGUGUAGACGAUGAGAUUAUCAUGUCGGGAGCCAACCUCUCUACCGAUUAUUUUACCAACCGCCAAGACAGAUAUCACCUUUUCAAGUCCAAACAAGUCACCGACCAUUUUUGGAACAUCCACAACGGCGUCUCCUCCUUUAGCUUCCUCGUCACGCCCUCGGACGAAGCAGCCGGCUUUACGCUCACCUGGCCCGCCACCAACUCUACGCCCUCGCCGCUCGACGACCCGCAAGCCUUUAUCCGUGGCGCCACGUCCAUCCUCACUCCGCUCCUCACCGUGCCUGCUGGCACCGGCGCCAGCCCUCCCGCCGCGCGUCCUCUCGACAACACUCGCGUCUACCUCCUCGGGCAGAUGACGCAAAUCACCACCAAGCCCGACCCGGCCACCGAGCUGCCCGUCAUCACCAGCAUCCUGACGCGCCUCGCCGAGCCCGCCUACCGCGCCUCUUCUUGGACCUUUACCGCCGGCUACUUCAACCCGGCGCCGUCCCUCACCAAGCUGCUCCUCGCCACGGCCUCGACCGGCAACAUCGUCAUCACCGCCGCGCCCGAGGCCAACGGCUUCUACCAGUCGCCCGGCGUCUCGGGCCUGCUCCCGGACGCGUACACGCUGCUGGCGAAGCGCUUCGUGCACGCGGCGCACCACGGCGGCCGCGGCGCCGACAUCACCUUGAAGGAGUGGCGGAAUGGCAGUGUUGGCCAGACCGGCGGCUGGACGUACCACGCCAAGGGCCUGUGGGUGGCCAUGCCCGGCGACGAAGCGGCCGGGCCGUCGAUGAGCGUCAUCGGCAGCUCCAACUACACCAAGCGCAGCUACUCGCACGACCUCGAGGUCGGCGCGCUCAUUGUCACGCGGGACGCUGGUUUGAAGAACAGGCUCAAGGGCGAGCAGGAGUGGCUCCAGGAGCACGCGCGGACGAUGACGAGGGAAGACUUUUCGACGAAUGAGCGCAGAGUCGGCCUCAAGGUUCGCAUCGCCAUGUGGAUUGUGUCGCUUGUCGGCGGUGCACUGUAA